UGCUUUUUUGCUUUUUGGCCCUGCUUUUUGCUUUCACUCUUGCUUCUGCUUCGCUUCUGCUUUGCUUGCUCUUGCUUUUUUUUCCCCCCCCUUCUCAUUAGUUACUUUAGCUAAACAGUCCAAAUUCCUUUCUGGACUGUUCCCCCCACCCCGUUGGACCUGCUGACUGCUCCGGACUGGGAUUUAGAACACGGAGAGAAAGGUUACACCUUGUGACUGCAGCAGCUGCCUCAGCGCCGGAGGGACUGAUAACAGCAAACCCCCAGGAGAGACUUGCUGAAUUUGUCAUCUUUCUCAGAGCAGUGGAAGAGUGGUGUCAUCCGGUAUUGUUCAUUGUGUGUGCUGGGGGUGUUGUGCUUGUCAAAUAAACAGGUUCUUUCCACCUCUCUCCGAGGAAUUCUUCCCGAACCGGUUGGGGGCGGGGCCGUGUGGGUUUGUUUUUGGAGAAGCCCUGUUUGGGGAUUCUCUCUCAAAUUUGACCUAAACCAGGACAGAGGUCAUGUCUUCUCCUCGAAGCUCUGUCCCCUACCUUAGAAAUCAAAAUGAGACACUGCCAUUAAAAACAUGACAACUAUUAAAUUAACUACUGCAGUAAUUUUAACCCUUUCUAGUGCCUCAUUCAGCUAACACUGAAGAUGUUUCUUUAUUAGAUGUGUUGUUCCAAUGACACCUCCAACAGAAACUGAACUUAAACCCAAGAAACUUAACUGACAAUAGACUUAUAUGUGGAGAGAUAACUUGUGCUGAUGAACCUCAAAGAUUAAUACAUUUUUACCUUGUGAAAACUGAAAUGAGAAGUUUUGGGUUAUUUAGUAACAAAAUAACAUUUAGAAAAACACAGAUUUAUUUUUUUUUCUGAACUAAAGACUUUCUAUCCUGGGUGGGAGAUUGCAAGUAAAAAUAAAUCCACAGACAGAGAAGUGAAAGAGGGAGCAUUUACUGGACAAACUGGAAACUAGAAGUGGGUUGUUGUCAUUUCUGAAGAAUGCUGCAAAAAUUAAAAUAUCUGCUUGCAAAAUGAUUGAUCAGCCAAAGCUUGGAGGAGACGCUGAGAAACUCUGAGUUUGAAGUCAGGGUGCUGUGGAUGGAGCUGUGUGCAGCACAUGGCACUGAGGCUGCAGAGGGCAGCUUAAGGGCAGAUGGGGUGCCUCUGGGAGCUGAAGAGAAGGCUGGAUGUUAUUUCAUGUGACAUUACUGUCAUUAAGGUUAAUUUUAGGAGCCUAGGGCAUGUACUGGUGUUUGGGAGCACGGGCUGGUGUCACACUACCCCGAGUGAGAGCUGAGCUGCGCAGAGCAGCCGCCGCUCUGGGCUGCGGUUUCCAGUGUGAGCCCUGCGGAGCUGCAGUGUCAUUUCCCCAAGGGACGAGGGCACAACCAGAGCUGCCCUUACAGCCCGGCAUGGGCACAGCUGCAGUGGCCAGUUCAGAGCCACCUCCUGCCACCACCUCCUCUGGACACAGGGCUGGGGCUGGCCAGGGCAGUCCAGGCUGCUGCAGCAUGUGAGAGCCUGAGCCAGCACGCACCGGGGGCGAGGGAGCAAAGGGAACCUUGCCAGAAGCUUCUCUAGAGGAGAUGGAGAACCCACUUCUUUUAUUCCCCCAACUCAACAUUUCUGCUUCAAAGGAUAAACCCUAUCACAAAGUCAUGAAAUCAGCGAUUAAGGAAGAGCCACACAAGGCAAGCAAGCCUGGAGCUAAGCAGAAGAGAAAUAGGCUGAGCCUGCUCCUGCAGAAACCUGAAUUCCAUGAAAGUGAUCACCUUGGCAAACCUGGAAACUUGACAAAAGCAGCAAGCAGUGUGUCUCCUGAAGAAGCAGUGAAAUGGGGAGAGUCUUUUGACAAACUACUUUCUGAGAAAGUUCAAACUUUCUCUUUUGUAGCUGGGCUGGAUGCCUUCACAAAGUUUCUGAAAACUGAGUUCAGUGAGGAGAACAUUGAGUUCUGGAUAGCCUGCGAGGAUUACAAGAAAAGCAAAAGUGCACAUGAACUUCUGCCAAAAGCCAAGGCCAUUUUUGAAACAUUCGUACAGAAAGAUGCUCCAAAAGAGGUGAAUCUGGACUUUCACACCAAGGAAGCCACAAGCCAGAGCAUGGGGCAGCCCCUGCGCAACACCUUCGACGCGGCGCAGAGCACGGUGUACCGGCUGAUGGAGCAGGACAGCUACCCUCGCUUCCUGUGCUCCGCGGCCUACCGGGGCCUGCUGCAGGGCCGGCCCGCGGCCCGCGCCCCGCUGCGCCGCCGCUCCCGCUCCUUCACCGUCAGCGACUUCAAGGGCGUGCGGCCGGACCUCACCGUGUGGUGAGAGCCCAGCUCAGCCCUCCUCACAUCUGUGUCACCGUGUGGUGAGAGCCCAGCUCAGCCCUCCUCAAAUCUGUGUCACCGUGUGGUGACAGCCCAGCUCAGCCCUCCUCAAAUCUGUGUCACCGUGUGGUGACAGCCCAGCUCAGCCCUCCUCACAUCUGUGUCCCCAUGUAGUGACAGCCCAGCUCAGCCCUCCUCACAUCUGUGUCCCCAUGUAGUGACAGCCCAGCUCAGCCCUCCUCACAACUGUGUCCCCAUGUGCUGACAGCCCAGCUCAGCCCUCCUCACAUCUGUGUGGUGACAGCCCAGCUCAGCCCUCCUCACCCCCAGCUCCCACAGCAAUCCGGAUGUGUUUUAAACCCCAAACUCUCAGCAGGUGUAACUAAGUGAUGAAGCAAAAGAAAAUUCACUUACAGCAGGCCAGAUUUCUGGAGCAGAAUCUCACUUUCACAAAAAAGUAGGUGACGUAUUGGCAAGUCAUAACAUGCGGAGUUAUCAAAUAGGAAUUUUUUUUUAAGCAUUUUUUAAGCAUUUACUUUUAAGCAUUUUCCUGCUUAAAAGUAUCUCAUAUAGUGCCAUUUGAUAUUACCCAACACAUAUCCUGGGCCUGUACCUUUAGGCCAUAGUUUCAUCACAGUUAGAAUAUCUGUAUCCAGUCUUUGCACACAUUUAUGUUUUCGCAAUAUUUCCUACACUAAGCACAGAGAAUUUGUGGUAUUUUCUGAUACUGUAAAACAUACAGGAGCAUUAUUAGUUAUAAUGCAAAGUUAGAUGAAUUUUAACUAAAGAUACUGCAUAAUUAAAUCUAUAAUUAAAAUGUAGCCAUUGCCUAUUUUAAGAAGAACAUAAAAAUACCUAUUUAAUUUUUUGGGGGGUACAUUUUUCCUAUUCCAAUGUCUGCUGUCUAUUUUUAAGUUAUGAUGUAUAUAUUAGCUUUGGCAUCAAAUACGUGUAUUCUAAUUUUUUGCAACUAAAUGAGCAGCAGGAAAGGGACAAGAAUGCUAUUUUAACACAAUGUGUAUCCUUAAAUAUCAGGUGAUGUCUAUGUAUAUAAAUAUAAAAUAUUUCUACUUUUAUUUAUAAAUAGUUGUGGUAUACCAACUUUGUAACUAAAUUUUGUUCUAAUUUUUUUUCUGCCUUUUGUUUUGAAAAUUAACAGCUCUUGGACUUGGGCAGAGCAACUUUCAGUUCCAUUGGACAUUAAUAUCCUCUCUAUAGGUUAUAGAACAGGAAGGAGAAAUCUUUUUAUUUCUUUACUAUCAAAACAUUUUUUUAAUAGUCAGUGCACACAGUCAUUCUGUCCUUUUCUUUCACAGCUGAUGCAGACAUACCUUGAAGUUUGGGGCUGUUCUUAAAACCUUAAACAUUGGUUCAGUUUAGGAAGGGGCUGCAGGAUUUAUCUGUAACUAUGACCUGUAUAUUAUGUUGUUUCUUGUGGAAUUUAAGAUUCCUCCCUUUCCCUCCCUUUUCUGUAAGUGGUGAAGGAGAAGAGGUGUGCAGUUCCUGAGGAUGGGACUUUGUGUUCAUUGUUAAUUUGGGGUGUAUAUGAACUGCUGGAUCUGCAGGUUUCCCUGUUUUAUUAACUUCCAAUAAAUCUGAUCUACUUAAA